UUCCUAUUUCAAAAUGGCCGCUCAUAAAUCUCCUUAGGGUCGUCCUUAGGGUCUAAACCCUUUGAUAUAUAGCCUCCUUUAUUGUUAUACGGUCGAGAUAAGGUAUUUUAAAUCAAUCUAGGAAAUAAAAUUAGACAUGGGUUUGUUUUUUAGUCGAAAGAAAGAGCCCGAAAAGCCCAAAAUAACAGAGCAAGACAAGGCUGUUCUGGCUCUUAAACAGCAGAGAGACAAGCUAAAGAAAUAUCAGAAAAAGAUUGAACAAAAUUUAGAAAAGGAAAGAAAACUUGCCAAGGAGCUUUUACAACAAGGGAAAAAGAGCAAGGCCAAACUUCUUCUUAAGAAAAAAAGAUACCAGGAACAACUUCUCGAAAGAACUGAUAAUCAGUUAGACAAUCUUGAAAAAAUGGUUCAAGAUAUUGAAUUUUCACAAGUCCAGAUUCAAGUAGCAGAAGGUCUCAAGAAGGGUAAUGAAUGUCUUCACCAGCUGCAUGAGAUUAUGUCUAUURAAGAAGUUGAGAGAAUAAUGGAUGAGACUAAAGAAGCUGUGGAAUAUCAAAAGGAAAUUGAUGAUUUAUUAAGUGGUGGUCUGUCUGAUGAGGAUGAGGAUGAAAUCAUGAAAGAAUUAGAUGAAUUGUCAGAGUCUGUGACAGAGAAAUUACCAGAAGUACCCAAGGAAGACCUUCCUGUUAAUCUUCCUGAACCACCAACAAAAGAGCCAGGGCAAGAAAAGCAAAAAGAAAAGAAAGAGACAAAAGAAUCAGAAAUGGUAGCAGCAUGAGGCACUGCAGACUGACUACUUGUUUUUCUGCAAUAAUUCCAUAUCACAUGCAUGUAGCACACAUGUAUAUUGCAUUUACAUAGACUAUCGUAAUUCACCAAUAGAGUAAUUUAUAAUUGUUUAGCAGACAAAGAAUGUAAAAAAUUUUCAGAAAAAUGAACUUUAGGCACAGAAACACAAGCUAACCAAUAAUUAUUCUCAUAAGACAUGAAAGUAUAGUAAGACAAAAUUAAGAAUGUUUUUCCCCUUCAUUAAAAUCAUCUUUUACUGGUACACAUGUUUGUUAUGGAAUGGUAUAAAAAAGCCUUCUGGUUAGUGGCAUAGCAAGAGUACCAGAGUUGGGGGGGUGAUCACAUCCAUGGUUUUGGUGAAAACUCCUGUGAUAUUCACAGGUAGCCCAAUAAAAUACUAGGAAAAUUUACAAUUUUAGUCAAACAGGGGUGGUCAUGCUCCUGCUUCUGGUAUUACUAACCUUGUGGCAAAUAAAUUAUGGUAUUGUUCAUAUCAAUGCUAGGACAGAAUGCACUUUACUUGAUAAAUGAGAAACAUCUUAGAAUGAAUUUAUUGAGCCAAAACGAGUAAUGUACUAGCUCUUAAAAUUCAUAGAUAUCUAUAAAUGAGAUUUGGUCUAAAACAGUUUUGUUUGGUUUAAAACAGUUGAAUAAAUAUCAAUGUGAAUUUA